AUGGAACAGAAUGGCGGUCUCGAGUCCCAUCUUGCCGAGCUUUCGAGAGGAGCCGCUUUCACAAACGACACAGCCGGCUCGGACAGCUCAGAGAGUUCGGAGUUUGACCUUGCAGCUCGUGUUGCGCAAAUCGAGAACCAGAACCUAAUCCGAGCCACUAGAUGUACACAAGGGUGGGGGAUUCCUCGGGGAGAUACAGAUUACGCAGCUCAGGAAGAGCAAGACCGUCUGUUGGCUGAGCAUCUGCAACGGGAAGAGGAUGCUACCUAUCGAACUACAGCGUCGCGCAUUGCGGAAGAGUCUGAACUACCCGCACCUCGAGCUGCGUCUCCUCGGGUACCGUCUCAAAAGAGUGGACGAUUGGCCAGUUUGCGGCGGGCCAUUACCAACAUCGGCACACGAGAGCAUCCUAUCGAUCUAGACCCGGAACCCGACGAGCCUAAAGUUAUUGUUCCCGAAAGGGCGCGAAUCCAAGACUAUGUGGCGCUAUACGGAGAGCCUAUGGAUAUUGAUGGUGUAUCGCCUUUCCAUCAACACAACGCAAGGCCGGUCGAUACACCACAGGCGACGAGCACCUACGUAGAUGAGAGGACGCAUCUGCGGAGUCGUGAUUGCGUCGUCUGUGGCGAUAGCGUUCAUGUUGUCGACCUACCCUCUCUUGCUGAAUGUGAUCAUCGACCGGAGACGUGUGCGGACUGUUACUCAGGAUGGAUAUCCGCGCAGCUCCAAAGCAGUAGCUGGCGCGAAGCCAAAUGUCCAGGAAACAAGUGCAAGACAGUGCUGUCAUACCAUGAGAUCCGGCUAUACGCGCAACCGGAGACCUUCCAGCAAUACGACACAUUCAUCGCCCGAGCAGCUUUCAGCGAAGAUCGUGAGUCGUAG